GAGGAUACUAGUUUAAAGUUCCUUUUCGGGAAAUAUUCAUACUCCGCCAUUGCUCGUCGAAACUUAGUCCGAGAGGCACGCGUACGCUGUAGAGCUCGACGUCAAGACUCAUUUCAAGGCCCUCCCUACUCGUCAAAUCCUUGUGAGUACCGUUCAGAUCGUCUGGGGUGUAUUAGGAUGCAAAGAAGAGUGUCAGAAACUCCCCAUGGCUGGAUGAGCUACUUCCCAGUUGGAUGACACGACUGACUCCAGUCUUCCUCAGCCGGACAAGUGCGAGAUCGUCAUCGCACUUCCCUAUUUCAUUCAACUAGCCCAGCAUGAUUAUCACCAAACAAAACAGGCGCGCCAUCUAUGAGAACCUCUUCAAGGAGGGUGUUCUGGUCGCCAAGAAAGACUACAACGCGCCAAAGCAUGAAGACCUCGAUGUCCCUAACCUCCAGGUUAUCAAGGCUAUGCAGAGCCUGACCUCCAGAGGCUUCGUUAAGACCCAAUUCUCGUGGCAGUGGUAUUACUACGUUUUGACUCCUGAAGGUGUUGAAUAUCUCAGGGAGUGGCUACACCUCCCCAACGAGAUUGUCCCUUCGACUCACAAGCGGGCUGCUCGCCCUCCACGUCCAGCAACUGUACGCCCUGGUGGUGGCGACGGUGCUUACCGCGCACCUCGCGGCGACCGCGAUGAUUACCGGAAGAAGGAGGGUGGUGCGCCCGGCGAUUACAGGCCAUCAUUCGCGGGUGUUGGUCGGGGUGCACCUAGAGAGUAGGCGUUUGGUUGUUGCGGGGCGCUAUAAGUUCGGUCAGAGUGCUAGAACUUGCAUCUUUCGGUGAUCGCAAAAUUUUGUAUGAGCAUGUUCUAUGCAUGAUUAUACUAUGCUUUCCUUCGCGUUCCUUCUCAUUUGUCCACUUCAACUUCAGGAACUAAGCUCCCUACCAUUCUCCAAAUAACUCCACGACGUUGCGGAUGUCCAGAACAAUUUCCUUAUCCCUCAUCACGCUCUCUCGGAAGUCGACUAUUUGCUUCGAAGAGGAACUGUUGUCUCUCGUUGAUCGAAUAUUACCACCUGCUGUCAUGAAGACGCA